CGCGCAGGAUAGGCGGAGGGCGCCGACCUGUCCUCUGCUCGCUGGCUUCUGGAGAAAGCAUCCGCGUCCUGGCUCAGGAAUGAAGAAAUCCGGACAGCGUCCGCUGGGCGCCGGGAUGCUGCAGGCUUAGCAUGGAGCUCCGAUACUGUAUCCCAAGGACACUGUAACUCAUUGAAGGAGAGCUGAGUGUCAGCAGAGAGGGGAGACGUCAGUCUUGCAGACAUUGCCCAGAGAAAUUCCCAUCAAUGUCGUUCACAGCACUGCCUGGCCAGAUGGAGGUCACCACAGGGAUCGUGGAUGAGAAUGCCACCAAUGCCUACACCAGCUCCCUUUCUGUUCUUGACCUCUAUGGAGCCCAUGCUGCCUCCUUCUCCUUCAACUUCAGCUAUGGAGACUAUGAUAUGCCGUUGGAUGAAGAUGAAGAUGUGACCAAUUCCCGGACUUUCUUUGCUGCCAGGAUUGUCAUUGGCAUGGCCCUGGUGGGUAUCAUGCUGGUCUGUGGCAUUGGCAACUUCAUCUUUAUUGCUGCCUUGGCCCGCUACAAGAAGCUUCGCAACCUUACCAACCUGCUCAUUGCCAACCUGGCCAUCUCUGACUUCCUGGUGGCCAUAGUCUGCUGCCCCUUUGAGAUGGACUACUAUGUUGUACGCCAGCUUUCCUGGGAGCACGGCCAUGUCCUGUGCACCUCUGUCAACUACCUGCGCACGGUCUCUCUCUACGUCUCCACCAAUGCCCUUCUGGCCAUCGCCAUUGACAGGUAUCUGGCCAUCGUCCACCCGCUGAGGCCCCGGAUGAGGUGUCAAACGGCCACCGGCCUGAUCGCCUUGGUGUGGGCCGUGUCCAUCCUCAUCGCCAUCCCGUCCGCCUACUUCACGACCGAAACGGUCCUCGUCACCGUCAAGAGCCAGGAGAAGAUCUUCUGCGGCCAGAUCUGGCCCGUGGACCAGCAGCUCUACUACAAGUCCUACUUCCUCUUUAUCGUGGGCGUGGAGUUCGUGGGCCCCGUGGUCACCAUGACCCUGUGCUACGCCAGGGUGUCCCGCGAGCUGUGGUUCAAGGCUGUGCCCGGCUUCCAGACGGAGCAGGUGCGCAAGCGGCUGCGCUGCCGCAGGAAGACGGUGCUGGUGCUCAUGGGGGUGCUCAGCGCCUACGUGCUCUGCUGGGCGCCCUUCUACGGCUUCACCGUCGUGCGCGACUUCUUCCCCGCCGUGUUCGUCAAGGAGAGGCACUACCUCACCGCCUUCUACGUGGUGGAGUGCAUCGCCAUGAGCAACAGCGUCAUCAACACCGUGUGCUUCGUCUCGGUCAAGAACAACACCGUCAAGUACUUCAGGAGGCUCGUGCUGCUCCACUGGAAGGCUUCGUACAACGGGGGCAAGUCCAGCGCAGACCUGGACCUCAAAACCACGGCGAUGCCGGCCACGGAGGAGGUGGACUGCAUCAGACUGAAGUAACUGAGGCAAGGGCCCGGCUGGACCCAAGCGCUCUCUGGGACGCUGACCCGUGUGCCCUGGAUGCCCUCCAUCAACCGGGAACUCUUGGUUUGCCGCAGAGGACGGGGUUAAUGGACAGCCCUGUGAACACUGUGUUCAGGGAGCUGCACGUGACCAGACACUCUCACCAGUGGCCGGCUUCCACCAAUGCGCACCUCUAGGCACUGCUGAAAUCUGUAUGUGGUGAGGGCAUUUAGUUGGUAAGGUGAAACAGGGAUUAAAGCGAAGCAGGUGGCGUGGGAAAGAUAGUUGCCAAUAAGGGGGCUUGCAAGAGGGAACCAGAGUCGGCAUCUGGGACUGCAGUGCUAGUGUGGAUGUCUCUGACAGUCACUGACGUAGUCCGCCUUCUUGGGACUGAGUUCACUCCUAACGUUUGUAAGGCAAGGAUACAGAAGAGACAGCUCUUUCUGCAGCCCUCCCCUUCUCUUCCCUGCUCUGGGCCUUCUCUGAGGGGCCACGCAUGCGCACCGACGCCCAGUACCCCUGGCCACGUGCUGUGCGGCGCUUCCGCCCUACCCUGCUCUCUACUCCACAGGCCUGGGCUCGCGUGUGGUAAGCCUCAUCUUCAGGAGGACAGACUUGGGGGAGCCACACAAAACCUGGAUGCCAUUUGGACAGGCAAUUACAGGGUUCUGGGAACCUGGAGCAAGUUUAGAGAGGGAAGUCUGAGCUCAGGGUGGCCACGUGCCCUCGGCUCCUUGCCGCUGGGGGAAGGGACGUGUAAGCCGAGGAGGUCAACACAGGAUCUCUGGGAGCCGGGGGCUGAGGGCCAGGGCUGCGGCGCUCCAGUACAGAAUGUUAUUCUGGCUUGAACCAGUUAGGCUUCCCCCUGAGUCCUCCCUUUCAGUCUUUUGUCUCCAUGCUUGUGAUGCAUAGAAUCUUUGAAAGUAGAGACAGGCUUCAUGGAUGUGGCCAGCGACGGUCAUUUUCCUGUUACUACCAGCUCUCAAAGGAAGGGGUCAUCUCCUCGCCAGACAGCCUGACGAGGUACCCUCGCUGGUAUGAGAUGAGGGUAAAAGAUCUCAUCAUGGUAAUUAUUCCCCUAGAUUAAGGUCCACUUCUUUUUUGAAUGGACUCUUGGGAAGAAAAGGCUACCACAAUUCUCCUCCUCAGCGUGAUUGAAACCAUGCUAUCCAGUGGCAAGAGAUACGAGUCAGAUGAUUCUACCAGCGAUGGGAGAGGCCUGGGUAUUCAGGAAGGAAGGACACACACAUCGGUGGCAUUGGGCCCAAGAGUGACUUCAGAGAGCCCGCAGGCUUAUUGAACUUACAUCCCUCUUUCUAACCUGCCUUCUUUAGUGUUUUCAAUCUUGUCAUUUAGUGUUCUAGAACGAGAAGUUCUGAGCUUCACUUUUGGCUUUGUCACCCAUGUGACUCUAGGCAAAGCCUCUUUGAGAGGACAAAGGUUAACACCUGUGAUGCCUACUGACAGAGUGUGAGGUGCCAACACAAUGUGAGGGGAAAUGCAUCAAACCACACAAGCAUUGGAAAGAAUGGGCUAGUGACUGUGUGCAGAGACUGGAUGAGAAGACACCUGUUGCUUUGGCUUCUGUAUCUGGAAACCUUACCAUCUUCCCCUUUUAUUGUUAUUUGUGUAAAUUGCUUCUUUCCCCUUCUUAGCACAGCUAUAUACAUUGUGCUCCCAAUAACAUCUUGGUAUAACAAACAAGGCCAAGAGAUUUGGUGGCAGAAACAUAAGGGAAAUGGUGGGUAGGUCUUCAGUCAUAAGAUGAGUUCAGGCUUUUGGAAACUCCAGAAUCAGACCACGGUUGUGAUCAUGAAGUGCUGAUCAUCCUCCCAUGCCUGUUCCCAGCCAGCAUGAGCCUGGGCCCUGGGAUAGUUGUUUGUCAAUUUGUUUUUAUUCUCAUUAGUGUGUAGAGCUGCAGAGUGGACUUGCCCUUUUCUUAUUUAAUUCUAGAGUAGAACACUUUUUUUUUUUUUGUAGAGACAGAGUCUCACUUUAUGGCCUUCGGUAGAGUGCCGUGGCCUCACACAGCUCACAGCAACCUCCAACUCCUGGGCUCAAGUGAUUCUCUUGCCUCAGCCUCCUGAGUAGCUGGGACUACAGGCGCCUGCCACAAUGCCGGGCUAUUUUUUGGUUGCAGUUUGGCCGGGGCCGGGUUUGAACCCGCCACCCUCAGGUAUAUGGGGCCGGCGCCUUACGGACUGAAACACAGGCGCCGCCCUAGAGUAGAACACUUUUAAGGCUAUGAAAGUGACAACUGUGUGGCAUUUUCCCCUCCAAGUAUAAUCAACUCUUUAUUUCCGGUGGCAAAGUUUACUUUUUAUAGUUACUUGAUUUUGGUGCAGCACGCAUUUCAAAAACCUAUUUAUUUCUUCCCAUUUAUCAUCCAACAGACUUAUCCUACAGUUCAGUCAGAAUGCUAAUUAUGCUAAACUGCUAAUUAAAAUGAAAACUAAUGAAAAUAUUAGCCUAAGCAAACAUGUACUGGAAGAUAAUCCUUAUUUUUUAAUAAAAUCAAACAUUGCAUUCUAUCAUCUAGAAAAUUAAAUUUUAGAUUAAAAAAUAGUAAAAUGACAAAAUUUGUUGUCGUGAUGUUCGCUGUUUCCAUUAGGAAUGUUAAGCAAGAGUUUUAAUAGGAGCUUUUUGUAUGCUGCAAGCGAAACUCUUUUAGCAUUUCACCCUGAAAUGUAUCAAUUUUUCAUUCAACUCUGUGUAAUAUUUCUAGGUGUUAGUAUCUGCUUGUGAUUUUAUAGUAAAUUAAAGUAUUAUGUUGUUAUCAAG